AGGCUAUGCGAAUCAUUUCCGGUGCGGCGGGUAGAGCCUCACUUCCGUGCUAGUGGUCCUUUUACGUGUCCCUUUUAUCUCCGCGCGGUUCUUUGCUCAAUUCCCGCCCGCCUUCUCUCGGGAGAGCAGCUGGAGGGUCAUCCGGCUUCAUCCCGUAGCCGCUAUGCUGGUUUUAUUCGAGACUGCGGCUGGAUACGCCAUUUUCAAGGUUCUGGAUGAGAAAAAACUCCAAGAAAUCGACAGCCUAUGGAAAGAAUUUGAAACUCCUGAAAAAGCAAAUAAAGUGGUGAAACUGAAACACUUUGAGAAGUUUCAGGACACAACAGAAGCCCUUGCAGCAUCCACAGCUCUGGUAGAAGGCAAGAUUAGCAAGAACUUAAAGAAAAUCUUAAAGAAGAUAGUAGCCAAAGAUGCCCAUGAACAGUUGGCUGUAGCAGAUGCCAAACUAGGAGGUGUAAUAAAGGAAAAACUGAACUUAAGCUGCAUCCACAGUCCAAUGGUUACUGAACUAAUGAGAGGCAUUCGUUCUCAAGUGGAAGGACUUAUCACUGGCCUUCCAUCACGAGAGAUGGCAGCGAUGUGUUUAGGACUGGCUCACAGCCUCUCCCGAUACAAGCUGAAGUUCAGCCCAGACAAAGUUGAUACAAUGAUUGUCCAAGCAAUUUCCCUUCUUGAUGACUUGGACAAAGAACUGAAUAACUAUAUAAUGCGCUGCAGAGAAUGGUAUGGCUGGCACUUUCCUGAACUGGGCAAAAUUAUCACAGAUAAUUUAACAUACUGUAAAUGCGUACGAAAAAUUGGAGACAGGAAGAACUUUUCCUGUUCUGAUCUGUCUGAGGUUCUGCCUGAGGAAGUUGAGGAGGAGGUGAAAGCAGCUGCAGAAAUCUCCAUGGGUACUGAAGUGUCAGAAGAAGACAUCAGCAACAUACAACACCUCUGUGAUCAGGUGAUCGAGAUCUCAGACUAUCGAGCACAACUAUACGAUUAUCUAAAAAACAGAAUGAUGGCCAUUGCACCAAAUCUCACAGUCAUGGUGGGAGAGCUAGUAGGAGCAAGACUCAUCGCUCAUGCAGGCUCCCUGUUGAAUCUGGCAAAGCAUCCAGCAUCAACUGUUCAGAUCCUGGGAGCUGAAAAAGCACUCUUCAGAGCACUGAAGACUAAACGUGACACGCCCAAGUUUGGUCUGAUUUAUCAUGCUUCCCUUGUGGGGCAAACAACAGCCAAAAACAAAGGAAAGAUCUCACGAAUGUUGGCAGCUAAAACAGCCUUGACUAUUCGUUACGAUGCCCUUGGCGACAGCACCAGUGCUGAGAUGGGAGCUGAAAACAGACUGAAAGUAGAAACGAGGCUAAGGCACUUGGAGGAGAAAGGGAUAAGACGAAUAAGUGGCACAGGAAAAGCCUUGGCCAGGGCAGACAAAUAUCAACAUAAGAGUGAAGUGAAGACCUAUGACCCUUCUGGUGACUCUACACUCCCUCUGGUCCCUGGGAAGCGCAAGCAUGAAGUGGAAGAAGAAGAGACAGCAGGUCCGGGAAAAGCAAAGAAGGCUAAAAUAGUAGAAAUCAAAGUGGAAGAAGAGGAAGAGCAAGAACAGGAGGAACCUGUCAAGAGGAAGAAAAAGAAAAAAGAGAAGAAGCAGAAAGCUCAAGAAGAUGCAACUUGGAUGGAGGAGGAGAAAGAAGAACCAUCAACCAGCGUGGCAGCAGAGACUACAGAAAAGAAGAAAAAGAAGAAAAAGAAAAUUAAAGAGGAGCCAGAAGAUGAUUAAGAGGAGGAAACAACAGUCUCCUUAGAUGGCUUGUCUGUGGUUCCUAGGACAUUGGCUCCUGAAAUGUAAUUUGCCCAUGAUUAGGCAAGGCUGACAAAUUCUAAAUACUUUUUGUGGGGCAGAUUUUCCCCCUACUGUUCAGUUCUCUGGUCUAGCCACCUAGUUUAACCUCUGCCCUGACAGUUGAUGUUUUGUUGUAAUAUUACUGCAAACUGCUUUGAGAGAUGACUUAUGUCUGAAAAAACAAUAUCUUUUUUGAAGCAAGUAUCAUUUUUCAACAGCAGGUCCCUUCAUGUGGGCUCUGAGUCUGAAUAAAAAUACUACUUUUGUA